CACCAUGACAGCAAUAGAGACGGAGACCCUCCUCGAGUACAUCCUAGUGGAAUACAGAUGGCUACUGGCGUUCUUCGUGCUCAUGCCCAUGUCCUUCGCGUGGAAGGUCUGGUCCAGCGUCAGGAACUAUGUGGUGUUCAAGAUGAACAGCGCGCCCAAGAUGCAUGAGAGGAAGGUUAAAGACGUUCAGAGACAGAUAAAAGCGUGGUUGGCUGGGGAUCGCAGCACCCGUCUAUGCACAGCGCGACCCACCUGGCAGACCAUGUCAUUCCGUCAGGGCCUCUACAAGAAGACCUUCACUAACAUCAAUGUGAACCUUGUGGACGUGCUCGAAGUGGAUCAGAAGAACAUGACAGUCCGCUGCGAGCCCAUGGUAACCAUGGGCCAACUAACCAGUACCCUCGACGCCCUGGGCCUGUCCUUACCCGUGGUUCCUGAACUCGACCAGCUGACAGUCGGAGGCCUAGUCAUGGGUACGGGCGUGGAGACCUCCUCACACGUGCAUGGACUGUUCCAGCACAUUUGCCUGCAGUAUGAACUGGUGUUGGCUGAUGGGUCGGUGGUCACUUGUAGUAAGGACGAGAAUGCAGAACUUUUCUACGCAGUUCCCUGGUCAUAUGGCACACUUGGAUUCCUGGCCUCAGCUGUCAUCAAAGUCAUUCCUGCUAAGAAAUAUGUUCGACUAGAAUAUCAGCCGUACACCAGUCUGCCCGAGCUCUCCAAACGGUUCCAAGAGGAGUCCCUCAAGAAACAACCGCACCAGUCCGUAGAAGCACUGUUAUACAGCAAAGACAAAGGAGUUCUGAUGACAGGAGACAUGGUGGAUGAAAUAGGAGGUGAUGGCAAGUACAAUCCCAUUGGCAGAUGGUACUCGGAGUGGUUCUACAAGCAGGUGGAGCGUCACUUAGAGAACUAUGAGAGAGGGAGCAAGCAGCCAGUCGUCGAAUACAUCCCGCUCAGGCACUACUACCAUAGACACACUAGGAGUCUCUUCUGGGAGUUAAAAGACAUCAUCUCCUUUGGCAAUCACCCUCUCUUCCGUCUGCUGUUUGGCUGGCUAAUGCCUCCCGAGGUGUCUCUACUUAAGCUGACGCAGCCCGAGGCCGUUGGCAGGCUUUAUGACAAGGCUCAUGUCAUCCAGGACAUGCUGGUGCCCAUAGAGACAUUGGAGAAGGCUGUACUGCUGUUCCAUGAGAAAUUUAGGGUGUACCCGAUGUGGCUGUGUCCCUUUAAAGUACCCAACAACCCUGGGCAGCUAAAGGUCACGGGCGACUGGCAGAUGUUCGUCGACAUCGGCGUCUACGGCGUGCCUACUGCUCCUGGAUUCGAAACUGUUUCAGCAACCCGCAGCGUAGAAAGCUUCGUGACUCAAGAGAAGGGUUUCCAGAUGCUAUACGCCGACACGUACACGACCGAGGAAGAGUUCCGCCGCAUGUUCGACCACACGCUGUACGAUAAGGUUCGCGAGUCGCUGCCGUACUGUCAGCAGGCCUUCCCCGAGAUAUACGGCAAGGUCAACAGGAGCGUGAGGAAGUGA